UCUUCAGCUUUCUUGACACAGCAAUCUUUAGUUUCCUCAUCAACAAGUCUCUUGGCCAAAGCCUUCCUCUGUUUCUCCUCUGCUUCAAGUUCAAAAAAGCAGCCUGCUUUGAUGGCCAUAGAUUCCGUCGAAACGGCUCAGCCGCCUCCGGCCCCAACCCCGGCGUCUUCUUCGACAAGCUCCGACGAAUCCCACGUCCUCCAUGUCGAGGGCUGGACCAAGCGGAAGCGCUCCAAGCGGCACCCCCGCUUCUUCGACCGCGCCCCUUCCGAAGAAGAGUACCUCGCCUUCUGCCUCCUCAUGCUCUCCCGUGACGCUGCAGCCGCUGCCGCUGCCUCCCCGCUGCAGCCGCCGCAAAAGCUUGAGCACUCUUGUUCCGUCUGCGGGAAGGCCUUCCCUUCCUACCAAGCCCUCGGCGGCCACAUGGCCAGUCACAGGAAACCUCCCCCCUCCGCCGUCGCAGGCGGCGGCGGUGGCGUUGAUGACCGCUUGUCCUCCGGGUCGCCAGCGGCCUCCAUGGUCUCCUCUAGCUCCGCCGGCGGUAAGGUCCACCAGUGCUUGAUUUGCCUUAAGACGUUCCCGACAGGGCAAGCGCUUGGCGGACAUAAACGGAGGCACUACGACGGGACGAUUGGGAGUGCCGUAGGCGCCGGCAGCGGUGUCGGAACCAGCGGCGGAGGCGCGGCGUCGUCUUCCUCCGAGGCCGCAAGCGGCGGUCAACGGGGAUUUGGGUUGGAUUUGAAUAUGCCGCCGAUGAUGGAGUUUACGUUUGACAUACCGCGGCAGUGUUUGGAAGCUGAGGAAGAGGAUGAAGUACAGAGCCCUCUUCCAUUCAAGAAGCCGCAUCUUCUUCUCAUGGGAUAGUCUUCGAUCGAAGAAGAAGAAGACGAUUGGGAUUUGAUUUCUGGGCCAAUAGCCUCUGAUUUGAUUUUAUUCAUAUUAUUUUAGAUAUUUUAAGUUAGGUUUAAAUCGUGACUGGAUUUGUUUUCUUACAGUGAAGAUUGAAAAUUUCUAUUAUUUCAUUUGAAUUUAGAUCGAAUUCUGGCUAAGUAGUAGCGUUACAGAAUAUUUGAUUUAUUCUUUGUAGAACAAUUGUGCUUUCAAGGUCAGUUUUUU